CCGAGGCUGUUGCUGGUGCACAGCCCCAGAGCUACAGUCAGAGCUCCAGACAGACGCAGGCUCUACCUCCCGCCCCCUUGCUUGAUCCCAGCUGCAAAACAGCGGCGGCGGCUGCCCCCCUCCCCUCCACUGCGCUGCUGCUGCCGCCGCCGCAGCAGCAGCUCUGGUGGUUUAGCCCUCGUCGCUUCACCCGGACUGGAGGUAAUGGUGGUGGGGAGGUUCUUCCCCACGCACGGACCACAGAUUGCCUCCGCACACAUACACAUUCCGUGGAUGUGAAGCGUGUGUGCUUCGUGGGUCCCCCUCCUCAAAGUCCCCAGCUCUGCUCCCAGAGAAGAGGAGAAGCCGGUGCUACAGCCUUGGAGGGACUCGCUGGCUGGAGAAGAGCGGAGCCUUAGCAACAGCGGCUGUAGGAGGAGGAGGAGAAGGAGGACGAAGAGUGCCGGGCUGCCCCAGCCGCAGCCGUCGCCGCCACCCGGGCAAGCAGAGGAGCUUUGCAGCAGCCUGGGCUCCCCGGAGCCGCCUGAGUACCCGGUGCCCCGCUGCUGCCCUACACGGCUUCACUCGGCUCCAUUCUGCAGCCCACGGGGGUGUUGCAGUUGCAAAACUGUGCCUGUAGCUACUCCCAAAAUACCAGGCUUAUUCUCUAGCCACGCUGAAGACUGUCUCAUUUUCGUUCCAAGUUCUUGAGUCUGAUGAUGUGAGCUGACCACAGAUGCUCUGUCCUGUCAUCAUUUUGUUGGCUGUAGAUAUGACCUGAAAACUAGAUGACUGGUUUUCUCGCUCCUGCAUGAUUGGCUGGCUACACCAUGGAACUCAAAGUAUGGGUAGAUGGAGUCCAGAGGAUAGUUUGUGGGGUCACUGAAGUCACAACUUGCCAAGAGGUUGUAAUAGCCUUAGCUCAAGCAAUAGGUCGAACCGGAAGAUACACACUAAUAGAAAAAUGGAGAGAUACAGAGAGGCAUUUAGCACCUCACGAAAAUCCAAUUAUUUCAUUAAAUAAAUGGGGACAGUAUGCCAGUGAUGUACAACUAAUAUUACGUCGUACAGGGCCAUCUCUUAGUGAGAGGCCAACUUCAGACAGUGUUGCCAGAAUACCUGAGAGAACUUUAUAUAGACAAAGCUUGCCCCCCUUGGCUAAGCUGAGGCCUCAGAAUGACAAGUCAAUAAAAAGGCGAGAGCCAAAAAGGAAAUCUUUGACAUUUACAGGAGGUGCCAAAGGACUCAUGGACAUUUUUGGGAAAGGUAAAGAAACAGAAUUUAAACAAAAGGUUCUCAGUAACUGUAAGACAACAGCAGAUGAAUUGAAAAAGUUGAUCCGCCUGCAGACAGAGAAACUUCAAUCCAUUGAGAAGCAGCUUGAGUCCAGUGAUGUGGAAAUUAGAUACUGGGAACAAAAGUACAAUUCUAAUCUGGAAGAAGAAAUUGUUCGUCUUGAGCAGAAGAUCAAAAGAAAUGAUGUAGAAAUUGAAGAGGAAGAAUUUUGGGAAAAUGAAUUACAGAUUGAACAAGAAAAUGAGAAACAGCUGAAGGAUCAACUUCAAGAGAUAAGGCAGAGGAUCCUAGAAUGUGAAGGCAAAUUAAAGGACUAUUUGACUCAAAUCCAUAGUAUGGAAAGUGGUCUAGAGGCAGAAAAGUUACAUCGGGAAGUACAGGAGUCACAGGUCAAUGAAGAAGAAGUGAAAGGAAAGAUUGGUAAGGUCAAAGGAGAAAUUGAUAUUCAGGGACAACAGAGUCUGAGGUUGGAAAAUGGCAUUAAAGCUGUAGAAAGAUCUCUAGGACAAGCCACCAAAAGGUUACAGGACAAAGAACAGGAGCUAGAACAGUUGACUAAAGAACUUCGGCAAGUCAAUCUUCAACAGUUUAUUCAGCAGACAGGAACAAAGGUCACAGUUCUUCCAGCAGAGCCCAUCGAAGUGGAGGCCUCACAGGCAGACAUAGAAAGAGAGACAGCAUUCCAGUCUGGGUCUUUGAAACGGCCUGGUUCAUCUCGGCAGCUUCCCAGUAACCUUCGAAUUCUUCAGAAUCCAAUUUCAUCUGGCUUUAAUCCUGAAGGCAUAUAUGUAUAAUAAUGCCCACCACUUUGGGAAAGGACCAGUAAAGGCACCAAGGGACCGCACCAUAUUCUUCUCUUGGAAUAGUGCCAAUGAUAUGCGGAGGAAGUAUUUCUGUAAGCCACUGUAUCUUUUGUUUUCUCCCCCAUCUUGCAAACACUUGGAUCCAUACCCAGUGCACUGAUGCAGAUGAACAAAGGAAUUGUGUUUCUGAAUAUCAGCAGUGUUGAAGUUUCUGUCCAGCAGCUGUAAUGCAAAGCUGUCAUUUUUAUUUGUAGUAUUUUAAAAGCAUUAGGAAAAGUAUUAUUCUGUGUUUAUACCUAAAUAAAAUAGUGACUGAAGAGAAUGGAGGAAAAAAAUGUGACUGACUUAAAAAUUUAAUUUAUUCCACUGAAUUGGUGGAUGUGUGAAUGUUCAUUUUUAAUAUUUUUUUUGCCAUUGCUUAACUUGUGACUGAUUACUUAAAAUAUUGUAUGAACCUGAAUGUGUGUGUACAUGUGUCCAGACUUCAUCCAUACCUUUAUUCACAAUGACAGAAAUGUUGUGGGGUGCUCUGUCUUUUGCAUUAUUGCUAAAAGAAUCACUUCGUAUGUGUUGUGUGAGUGGUCUUAUCCUUUGCUUUAGAUACAUUGGUGGGGAAUAAUAUGGCAUCAGCUUGGUCAAUUCAUAUUUUUUAAAUCUGAAGAGUUUAGCCUUCUUUGAGUAUUUUCCAGCACAUGAAGGAGAAUGCACUAGAUAGAAAUAUUUUUAUUAUAUAGAAUGUAUAUUUCUAAGUUUCUGCCAUGUUUCAGACCCUGUUGGACAAAAAAAGUGAUUAUUGAAUAUCUUACCAAGUAGAUUUGAGAUUUAAUGUAGGUUAUUUUUGUCAGCCUUUUUUUUUUUAUUUGCUCUAUUAACCCUUAGGAUUUAUUAAAAUACAAUUACAGAUUAAGAUCAUCUCUUUAAUGAAUGUGACUUUAAGUGAUGCCUCCUUUUGAAAGCCCACUUCCUACGUAGGGCCAACGAAAACAGAUACUAUGAAUGUUACUUCCUGGAUAUAGUUGAUUGCAUGGAUGCUGGGUCACUGUGCCUUCUUAAUCACUUAGGCAAAGACAAAGGAAGAAGUAUGGGAGUCAAUAGAUCCUACUAAGGGCAUAAAAUUGAUAUGAAUUCACCACCUGUUAUUAAUUUUUUAGAGUAUUUCUGACAGGACAUCAUAUGUUUUAAUUUAUAUGUCCCACUUAAUGAAAGCCAAAAAUAGUGUAGUUCCCUGCCGCACACACACACAGAAUAAAUGACUGCCUAAAAUUCACAACUAAUACCCUAAUGUAUGUUACUUGUUAGCACUUUUACAUUCCCUAUGACCAAAAUCCAGCAUUUCAUAAAGCUUUAUCUAAAAAAGAAUUUUUUUUUGAAAUCUGGAAAAUAUGCACUCUGUUUCCUCAAGAAAACAAAAACUUGUUUCAAGGUUGUUUUAAAAACAGUUAACAGAAGCAGAUUUUGGCCUGUUCAUGAAAGGAAGUUGGGAUCUUAGGUUUCAAAAUAUUUGCAUUUUCUUUGAUAUCAUGAACACAUGACAAUUGAAGCUUCCUAAGAGAAAGUGAAAAAGGCCUUGCCUAGGAAAAGUAAAUCCUUGAAGCAAAAUUAUUUUCAGCUAUCCAGAUAAAUUGGAAAGUGUCAAAUAUUCUCCUUAACUUCUACCUCUCCAAAAUGAAUCAAAAGGCUUGUAUUUGAUAUUUGCCACUAUUGUAGAAAAUAAUUGGUUCAUUCACUAGUUUUUGUGAAUAACUUGGACAUUGUUUGGGCCUUCACAACUUUGCUCUCAGUUUACAUGAUUGUCUUUUCAUUCAUAUCCUUUUUCUUUUUAAUUAGAAAAUUGGGGAUAUUUUAAAAGUCAUCAUUUGGAGACUAUAUUUCAACAAAAAUAUUGGAAGAUGGACACCCAAAAUAUGCCUUACUACUUUUUAUUUAGAGACCUCUUAUUCACAAGGAAAAGUCUUCUUGAUGAAUACAAUAUAUAAUUUGAAAAUAUUCUGAGUGUAGUGAAAGAAUACAUAGAAUUGUUUUAAGAAUUGUGAAGAAAAGGGAAACUUGAAUGGCAUAAAAUCAUGUGCAUUAAUAUGAAAGAUUUCUGAAACUUCUGGGAAAACAGAUAUAAGACACUUUCUCCUUGUUAUCAUAUUCAGAAACGUCAGCAUUCCUUAAUAAGUAUAAUAAGUAUAAAACAUAGUGUAGCCACAUAUUUAAAUCUGCCUCAUGGCUCCACAAGUAUAAGGAGGGUCCCUUUUUUAAGCUUAAAUGUAAAGUGGAAGGGAGGUGGUAAGAAUCCAUUUUCCAAUAAUCUGGAAAACUUUGGAUCCCAAGCCCAGUCAUUUAAUCUGCCAUGAACAAAAAUGGCCAUAUCUUUGGCUAUAUUGAAGGAAAAAAAGUAACUUGCAAACUUGAAUAACAUAGAUUAUAGAAUUUAUGUUUACAUGUUUUUUAUAUUAUCUGGAUAUUUAAUAUUAUACAAUAUUUUAAUACUACAGAUUGCCUUCAAAUUUGUGUUUUACUAAAACUUUCAGAAAGAGGGCACUGCAAGAUCUUUUCUAUUAAAGACUAAGUUGAAAAAGCAUUGGCAUACUUGCCUUUGAGUGUCCCUCAUUCAAUGAAAAUUGCCAAUGCAUGUGCCUAAGUGGUUUUGUUGUGCUUAUAAGAGAUUUUAGUUCACCAGCAUCUGCUUUUCCUUUCAACACACAGGGGACAUAUGUGUAAUUUCUAUUAGCAUUAAUAGAAGUUGCACGUGCAAAUCCCUUGUUCAUCAAUACUAAUAAUCAGUAGGUCAUAUGAGUCAUUCUUUAACCUAAGUGAAAAAAGACUAACAAAAGGAAUAAUGGGAUUGAUGGGGUAAAAUUAGAAAUCUGUUUAAGGAGGAACAAAAAUCGGGACCAUUUUACAACUAAAUAUGGUACCUUUUUUAAAAGCUAAUUUUCUUUGUGAAUAAGAGCAAAUGGUCUUUAGAUAAAAUGAUGUGAACAUCAUUCCAGGUUUAGAACUAUGAUUGAUCUGAAAUAAUCUAAAACUUUUGAUUUCAGAAGGUGCAGAGGAAGUGGGACAAUGGACAAAUUUCUAGUGUUCCUUACCUUUACAUAAUUGGGCCUUAAUUACCUAUGUAAAUAAAAUGGUUUUAAUAUCGUCCCCCCCCCAAGUUGUUUAUGAUAGCCUAUAUUGUAUUAAAAUAUCGAAGAAGUGUUACUUUUAUAUUAUGUCCAUUAAAAAAAAAAGAAACAUUGCAUGUUUAUACUAUUUGCUACAGUAUUUUAACAUUUUGGAUAAAGGCCAUCAGCUGUAUGGAGAAGACAAAGCAAUCACUAUUUAUUCAGUAUUACUGCUUUACGUUUUCAGAAUGAAGCUUUCAGUGCUAAUACAAUUAUUGCUUGAAAGCUGCAGUAGCUGUAUCAAUGCAUUUUAUAUAUUUUUAGAAACCAAAAUAAAUGCAGAUAACUAUUUAGUAUGUUAAACCAGCAGAGAUAUAAUGGCAAUAAAAUAUAUACAUGUUAUAAAUAUAUCUAUAUAUAAUGUAUAGGGAAAGGGGAAAGAUUUUAAAAUAGGUUUACAACCAGAUAUGGUAUCCGCCCGAAAUAUAAUUUCUCAUAUUCCUCUUUUUUAUUGUAAGGUACUUGAUUAGAAGAUUUCAGUUGCUGCUGCUUUACACAGAAAAUGCCAUGUUCACUAAGUGUGAAUACAGGAAAACAGCUUUUUUGUGCUGCUUUGCUUAAAUACAAAUCACAGUUCUGUAAUCUGUACUAUAUGUAAUUAUUCUUUUCUUUUGACUGUCAUUUCAAAAAUGUAUAUUUUCUGAUUAUUAUCAUGAAUUGUUAAUGCUAUAAAACAAACGAUAAAUAUCCGAUAUUCUCCUAUAUAAUAAAUUCCCAUGACUAA